AUGAGCCUGUGUCUUUCUGGUUUACUCUUCUUCCUAAUGAUACUGCCUUCAGGUAAGAUGGUAGGUAAUAGGGGUGUAGUAGUUCGUACUUGCACUCAACUUGAUGGGUUAUGUUUCCUGGGUUGUAGACCAGGAUGGACAUGGAUUGCAUUCUGUCACAACAUAUUGUCUUGCUGUAAAAAAAUGAAAAAAUUCAUACCUCCCCAAGCCAAUGCUGUAUGA